GAUACUUUUUGGUUUUAAUUGGCACAGGGGAGAUAUGAUCUCAUUUUACUGCAUAUAGCACUAUUUAAAACCAUACCCAUAAUAUGAACACCACAUUUCGAAUCUGUUCCAAAGAAAUUAUCAAUCUUUAUGUGAGGUAUCAUGUCUCCUUGUAGAUGAAUGCUGUGUUUCUUGUUGAAAUUUUGUGAAGUCGAUCCCGUUUCUUUAUUUGUUACCUGUGUGGAGCAUGCUUUUGUCUUUUCUUCUUUGUUCUCGUACUCAUGAAUCAAUGACUUUUUAAGAUACAGGAUACAAUUUCUAUUGAAUUAGCGUAGGGCUAUGAAUAUAUAAUAUUCUUCUGUGCUCCAAGUUCAGAUUUGGCAGUGGAAUAACUCUUGUUAUGCAGGUUUCUCUUCCAUUUCUUUGAAUUUGCACCAGUCUUGACCACCCAAUAGAUGUUUAUGUACUUGCAUUGAUUCAAGUUCUUCAGUUGAUCAUGAUGUUUUCACUGAACUUUGAAACAUUUCUGUGGUUAAACAUUUCUAUGGUUGCUGAAUAUUCAAAUCCUUUCCUUUUUCAGAUAAUUUGUAGUAACUAAUCAACACACCACACCAUUUUCAAAAAAAAAAAAAAAAAACGACCCGACCUGAUUUGACCGACUCGAAUGCAACACUUGUAAUUUAUGGCAGAGGCCUAUAAGGCAAUUGAGCCUAACAUUUAUGAAAAUAUUAGCAGAUUGGGCCAUUUAUGAAAAUAUUAGCAGAUUAGGCCAUUAGUAAUGAAGUAUAUUAAAUUAGAUUAUUGAUAUAUAUCAAAUCAGGCUCAUUUGGCCCAUUUGAGCUCGCUACCCUCUGUUAAGUUUUGAUGAAAAAGAGAAGCCCUUUCAGCCAGAUAUGGCAGCCAACUAAGAAACCAAAUAUGGAAAAGAAAAAACCCUAAAUACAUGUCAUCUUCUCCAUUUCGCCGGUCAGGUUGUUGGUGAAAGGCGGUAGAUUCUCCAGUGAUUUCCAUCAUAAACACAAUAAUGGUUGUUUCCGAUGUGGUGAUUCAAAUUCUAUCCAAGCUUCCACCAGAAUCUCUUCUUCGAUUCAAGUCUGUUUGCAAAUCAUGGUAUGUUCUUAUCAAUGACCCUAAAUUUGUAGCAAAACACCUCUUAGAUUCUUUUUCCCAUAAACAUGUUCUCCUCAAGCGUAUCCUCACCAACAACUUUGGCAAAAAAGAACUUGCGUUAUCCAUUCUCAAAUUUUCUCCCGAUCGAUCUGUGUCUGUUAUGGACAUCAAUUUGCCAUUCCAAGAGAUCAAUCCAUUUUUCGAAGUUUGUGGCCAUGCUCACGGCAUAGUUUGUCUUAGUGAUCUUGACAAUGCUUUCCUCAUUAAUCCUAUGACUAGUCAGUUUCGUAAACUUCCACCCUCGAUUCUUACCUUCCGUGGUUGCUCUGCAGUAGCACUUGCUAUUGGAUUCGGGUAUGAUGCAAAAUCUAGCAAUUUCAAAGUUGUUAGAAUGGUGGGUUUUUGGGGAAAUUCAAUAAUGUUGAUGCCUUCACCUAUUAGAGUGGAGAUUUAUGAUUUGAGCAAAGAUAAAUGGAGAGAAAUUGGAGCCCCUUCUUUUGAUGGCCGUGCAUCAUGGACACCUUCAUUUGAUAUGUAUCACGAAGGAACAUUUUAUUGGUGGGGAUGCGGUGAACCAAGGAUUAACGAAGCUGGUCGUAUCGAACAUAUUAUAACAUUUGAUAUGAGUGAAGAGGUUUUUGGUAAAAUUUCAGUACCGAAGAGUUACGAUGACAAAAAGCAUAAAACAAGUCUAGGGGUUUUGAAUAGAUCCAUUGUUCUUUUUGUUUAUCCAUUUGAAAGUAAUGAGACAAAUAUUGACAUUUGGGAGAUGAAAAAGGAUGAAUCUAGUGUUGUUUCAUGGUCAAAGCUAUUGACGAUUGUCCCUACUUUUGGAAUUGAACAACCAUUGUUGUUUGUAAGCUGUGAAGAACUGUUAAUGGAGUCAAGGAAUGGACAUGUGAUUAUGUAUAAUUGUAAAACUCAAGAGUUCAAAAAGCUUCCAAUAGAAGGGCAACUAAUUGGUGUUGAAACCAACAGGUUCGAAGCUACUCUUUACAUUAAAAGUUUGGUAUCUUUGGAAGGAAGAGACAUUGAGUUAUGAUUUUUAGUAUUUUCGCGUUUCAGUAUUGUAAGUCAUGUUGUUUGAUGUGUUGACUAAAUACAUAUGUUUAUGUAUGAUGAACUUUGUGAGUGUAAACAUGACUAUAAGAUAUAAUGCAAGUUGUUGUAUACUGCUAUAUAAA